ACUUUAACGGUUAUCAUUACUUGAGUAUUUCCGUCGUGUUGGUCUGUGUGUGUUGGAUAUAAAAACAUAUGUCAUUUGUGAGUGCCGUGCUGAGUAGAUUAAGAAAACCAGGAAAUGGCUGUUGACCAGGGAACUGUGUAUUUAGUUAUGAUGGCAAUCGUAGGCAUCACAAUGUUGCUUGCCUCGAUAUUUUGUAAAGACAACAAGAAAGGAAAGCACGAGAACAGGGGUGAGGAGAGGCAGCCAGUAGCCAGGGCAAGGAAUGAAAAUCAGCCACCGGGUGUGAGACGGAGGAGAAGAAAUCGAAUGGCACUCCGAGAGGAGGAGGACUCAGGUGAAGAAGACGAGGCUCUCCCCUCAGAUGAAUUCAAUCCAUUCGAGGAUUUCGAGGGAGAUAGUAAAAAGAUCGGGAAGAAGAAGAUGUUGAAAUUACAAGCGAAAGAAGAGAGGAAACAGCAGCGACUGGCAGAGGAGGAGGAGAGAAAAGAGAGAAAAGAACGAGAGGCACUACUGGAAAAACAGCGGAAAAAAGAGGAGGCGAUAUUAAAAGCAGAAGAGGAGGCUCGAGCGGAAGAGGAAAGAAUUCGUAAAGAAGAGGAGGAAAAACGUGAGAAUGAGGAAUACCUCAAACUGAAGGAGGCAUUUAGCAUUGAGGAGGAGGGUGAAGAAGAUCAGGGUCCGGACCUCACAUCUCAGUCACUACUGCAGGAGUUUAUUGACUAUGUUAAGGAAAUGAAAGUCAUUAUGCUGGAAGAUUUAGCAGCCCAUUUUAAAAUCAAAACACAGGAUGCUGUUGACCGAGUGCAGGAACUACAGACAGAGGGACGGCUGACCGGUGUAAUGGACGACAGGGGAAAGUUUAUAUUCAUUACAGUAGAGGAACUUGAAUCUGUGGCCAAAUUCAUUAAACAGCAUGGCAGAGUGUCAAUAUCAGACUUGGCAGAAUCCAGUAAUCGUUUGAUUAAUCUGACUCCGGAUAAUGCAGAUGUUCAGAGAAGAUUGUUGUCGGGAGUUAGUGUUUAAAGUGUGAUAGAGAUACUUGUGUUUGAGUAGGAAGUGUCUAGAGGAAACGUCGUUGUGUUAGCAAUCUGUUGUAAAGGGAAUCUUCAACAUUUAAGUAUCUGGGUGGACUGUGUAACAGGCAGGGAGUAUUUACUGGUAGGAAUACAAUGAAAUUAUCGAUAAAUUACAACACAAUCAUUAGUUUUCCUUUGUGCAGGUAUCCCAUAUACGGUAGUUAAGAAAGCAAGCUAGUCAGAACAUGUGAUGUAAGACUGGAUGAUGGGAUCUCGGAAAUGUGCAAUUUGUAACUUCAUUUUUCUGAUUAUGGUGUAACAGUUAAGGUGUAGAGAAAUGUGAAAGGGUGUCUGAGUGGGAAUGUGGUGUGUGAGUCGGUGGGUUUAUUUUUAGCAACAGUCGGUACCCUGUUAUAAGAGGGUUAAGAUUAGGACCCUGUUAUAAGAGGGUUAAGGUUAGGACCCUGUUCUAGGAGGGUUAAGGUUAGGACCCUGUUGUAACAGGUGUAUGAUUUGGAGUGUGGUGUACGAGUCAGUGGGUUUAUUUUUUUACAACAGUCAGUGUUGUAAGAGGGUGCUCUAAUGUUUAGUAUCUUUGUUUUGAUUUCAUUAUAACAGAUGUAGAAUCAUUAACUCUAUAAUGAUUUGGACAAGAUUGAAAAGCUUCCUCUAGGUUUAUAUCACUACUGAAGGUCAGUUGAUAUCUAAAACACAAAUGCUGGUUUCAUGGUAUGAACAGUUUUAUCCACAUCAGGUGUUUGAAGUAAAUGUCAUGGGCCUUGUCUUGGUUUUGAUUGUUUUUAUCUUGCUUAACACCCCGCUCGAGAAUCUUUUCACUCAUAUGGAGAUGUCACCAAGGCCGGUGAAAGGGCUUCAAAUUCAGGCCUAUGCUCGGCGCUUACGGCCAUUGAGCAGUGAGGGUUCUUUAGCGUGCCACACCUGCUGUGACACGGGACAUCCGUUUUUAAGGUCAUCUCUGAGGACCCGUGACAUUCACAUCUGAUGCCGAGCGUUUGGCGAUGGAACUGUCACUACCUGUUUUAACGACUUAGGUCUGUCGUGGCCGGGAUUUAAACCCCGACAUUCCGCAUGCGGGGAAAAUGCUCUACCUAUAGACAACCGCUGCGGUAUAUAUUGUAAAUGAAUAAAUGUGGCAAAUCACAUUAUGCAGUUUGUCUUGGUUUUAUGGAUUAACAGUAGAUAAGGACCCUCUCAGUAUUGUUCUGAGUUUGAAGAAUCUACGCUCUUUAUAUACCUCGGAUUUGUAACAUGAAAAGCAUGCAAGAAAUGAAAUUUAUUAAAGUAAAUGUAAAUUGAUAUGAAGAUAUAAUAAAAAUAUGAAUAUACAGUGCACCUAUGUUGUAUGAUAACACUGAAUAAAAGUAUUGCUUCAGAAACUGAAACAGGCUCAAGUAACUUGGUAAUCUUGUGAACUGUAAAAUGAUUUGUUUGAAAAUAAUAAUUCUUAUGUUAUGUAUUUUAUUGUGCACAUUGUUUUGUUACCAGAUGCAAUAAAUGAGAAUAAUU